ACUGCCCCUCAGCCAACCUUGGGACUAAACUAUGCAGUGCGCAACCCAGACCCACUCCCCAUCUCCAUAAAUAAAAAACACCAGAAACUCUUCCAUCACCUACACCAUCAGGCAAACAGAAGAAGACCAUGAGUUUCUCCGUGACCAAGCUGGCUCCGGCCCUGGUUGGCCCUUGCGAGCCCACCCCUUCCGCCAACCUUCCCCUCUCGCCGAUCGAUCGGGCCCCAGGCAUGAGGCACUUGAUCGACCUGUUCCUCGUGUUUGGGUCCGGUCAGCACCCGGCAAAGGUCGUCAGGGAAGCUUUGUCCAGGGCUUUGGUCCCCUACUACCCCGUCGCCGGCCGGUUCGUGGUGUCCGACAAUGGCGAGCUCAACGUGGCUUGCACCGGUGACGGCGUAUGGUUCGUCGAGGCAUCGGCAAAUUUCAGCCUUCAGGAUGUCAACAAUCUCGAACGCCCCUUCAUGAUCCCAAAGGAAGAGCUCCUUCCAUGUCCUCCACCUCAAGUCAAGCAAGAGGAUGUGCUCUUAACUUUGCAGGUUACAGAAUUCGCGUGCGGAGGAUAUGUAGUCGGCAUCAGAUUCAAUCACGCAAUCUUUGAUGGAAUUGGAGUAGCUCAAUUUUUGAAAGCUAUUGCGGAAUUGGCCAAAGGUCUUGCACAGCCAACCGUCGAGCCAAUCUGGUGCAGGGAGGCCAUUCCAGACCCACCCAAGCUCCUCCCCCAGGGACCUCCACCAGUCUUCAAACCUUUAGCCUUGGAGCAGAGCAUAUUAGAUGUAUCCCUGGACCGUAUCGACCAGAUCAAGAACCAAUUCACGAGCGAGACGGGCCAAAGAUGCUCCAAAUUCGACGUUGUGAGUGCGCUGGUGUGGCAGUGCCGAACGCGAGCGACUAAUUUGGAGCCCCAAGUCGAUGUCCACCUAGCUUUUACGGUGAACACCCGCCGCUUGUUGCAGGAGGUGUUGCCCAAGGGGGAAGGUUACUACGGCAACUGCGUCUAUCCAAUGGCAAUUACGGCGCCAUGUGAGAAGAUUAAGAUCGCAUCCAUUGUUGAGAUCGUGAGCUUGAUCAGAGAGGCUAAAGAGAGCGUGCCGACCAAGUUCUCCAAAUGGGUGAAGGGAGACCCCAAGGAGGGGCCGUGUCUGGUGCCGCUGGAAUACGGGUCGCUUUGCGUGAACGAUUGGAGUCAGGUGGGGUUCUACGAGGUGGACUUUGGAUGGGGUGGACCGAUCCAGGUUGCUCCAUUGACGGAGGAUGACCUCGUCCCUUGGUGCAUCUUGCUCAAGUCCGCUGCACCCAUGCAAGGUGUGCGGUUGCUGUUGCGGUGCGUCCUCAAGGAACACUUGGAAGCAUUCCGUGAUCAAAUGAUGACCUUGGUCUAGCAACGUAUCUCGAAUUCAAUGAUUGAGAUUUUCCUUCAGAAAAGAAUCAAACGAUUGAGAUUCCUAUGUGUUUAAACCUUCCUCUGCGAAAAAAAUAAAAUGGAGAGCUUGUAAUGCUCGAUUGUGACUCUUCGUUUCAUGCUCAUUAUGAUUGUGAAGUUAGCAAAUGAUAUUUCUUGCUUAUUUGCUUUUAAA